UCAUAUGAAAGGUAAGAUUGACUGACAAAUACCACAUCAAGCAAAUCCACAAUUAGUUAAAUAAAUCGUCUCUGUUUUUGAUGUUUCCUAUAUUAUACAUUCUGGAAGCUGUGAUGAUGAAGAAGAAGAUAAGCUUUAACAGCUGUAAAGAUUUACACAUCUCGAGUUUUAGUUAACGAACAAGAAAAAGGGUGAAAAAGUUGAAAAAAAAAAAAACCCUUCUCAUUGUACAUCUGAUCUCAAGGGGUUGGUCCCUUUCCUCUUUCUCUCGCUACCCAUCUAGUUUCUUCUCCUAACUCCAGAGUUCCGUCCUCAAGGAUCUCAAAAGGGCUUUCCUUUUUUCCUUCUACCUUGAGAUAAAGAGAUGGGGACAUACCUAAGCUCUCCCAAAACUGAUAAGUUAUCAGAAGAAGGUGAGAAUGAUAAACUCAGAUAUGGUUUAUCCUCUAUGCAAGGUUGGCGUGCCACCAUGGAAGAUGCGCAUGCUGCAAUUCUUGAUCUAGAUGAUAAAACAUCCUUCUUCGGUGUGUAUGAUGGCCAUGGAGGUAAAGUUGUGGCAAAGUUCUGUGCCAAGUAUCUACACCAACAGGUUCUCAGUAAUGAAGCAUAUGGAGCUGGAGACUUUGAAACAUCUCUUCAGGGAGCAUUCUUUAGAAUGGAUGACAUGAUGCAAGGACAAAGAGGAUGGCGAGAGCUAGCUGUACUCGGUGACAAGAUGAAUAAGUUUAGCGGCAUGAUUGAAGGAUUCAUAUGGUCACCAAGAAGCGGUGACGCCAAUAACCAGCCUGAUAAUUGGCCUCUUGAGGAUGGUCCUCAUUCUGAUUUCGCCGGACCUACUUCCGGGUGUACAGCAUGCGUAGCUCUUAUUAAAGAUAAGAAGCUGUUUGUGGCAAAUGCUGGUGACUCACGUUGUGUGAUCUCAAGGAAAGGCCAGGCUUGCAAUCUUUCUAAAGAUCACAAACCUGAUCUUGAAGUUGAAAAAGAGAGGAUACUGAAAGCUGGUGGGUUUAUUCAUGCUGGGCGUAUUAAUGGAAGCUUGAAUCUGACUAGAGCCAUUGGUGACAUGGAGUUCAAGCAGAAUAAAUUCUUACCAUCUGAGAAGCAAAUGGUUACUGCUGAUCCAGAUAUAAACACUCUUGACCUAUGUGAUGAUGAUGAUUUUCUUGUUGUUGCAUGUGAUGGAAUCUGGGACUGUAUGUCAAGCCAGCAACUGGUGGAUUUUAUCCAUGAACAGUUAAAAUCUGAAACAAAACUUUCAACCGUAUGUGAAAAAGUUGUUGAUAGAUGUUUGGCUCCAGACACUGCGAGUGGUGAAGGCUGUGAUAAUAUGACCAUCAUCUUGGUUCAGUUCAAGAAGUCUAAUAAUAACCCAUCAGAGCCUGAACCAGAAGAAGAAACCAAACCACAACCGAGCCAGGACGAGCCGAGCUCAUCAAGCUAGAUGGUCCUUAAAAAGAGCCAGGGGGAGAUUUGAAACGGUUAUAUCAUUAACUUUGGUUUUGAGUGGCUUAUAGAAAGCAGAUGCUGGUGUUUAUUGAAAUUUCAGAUUUUAUUUCCUCAGUUUUCAGAGCUUCUCUUUACUCAGACCUGGUUCCAGCGGUUCCUGUAAUAAAAACGACUCUGUAUAGUUUUCUUGUGGUUUAUGAGAAAAUGUUAUUAGAUUUUCAUA